GGCACUUGAACUGAACAGUGAAGUAAUUUGUCUCACCGCCUUAAUGAUUCUGCCGUAUCAACUCAAUAUCAAGCUCCGAACGCAAUAACCUCAACUUCAUCUACUUUUCUACCAUGUAACAAACAUGUCCCGCAAAGCGCCCAAAGGCGAAUAUAUUGAAACCGACACCGGCAACAAAGUCUCCCGUCGUUCCCAAAUAAUCGGCACAACAAACAUUAUCCUCGGUGGUAAAACAGUGAUCCAGGCAGAAGUCAUUAUCCGCGGUGAUCUAUUAAGAACACUACCUCCUAGCACCCAAGGAGAAAAAGCGGGAAAUGCAGUUGCGGUUGCGAUUGGGAGGUAUUGUUUUUUCAGUCGCGGGUGUGAGUUGAGACCGCCGGGGAAGAUAUACAGAGGAACUUUCUCAUACUUUCCCCUCAAAAUCGGCGACCAUGUCUACGUAGGGCCUGGUUCGAUCAUCGAAGCUGCGAUGUUGGGGAAUCAUGUUAAUAUUGGUGCGAAUGUUGUGGUUGGGAAGUUUGUGAUAGUGAAGGAUUUUGUCAAGAUUUUGGAGGGGACGGUCGUUCCGCCUAAUAUGGUGAUACCUAGUUUUAGUGUGGUGGGAGGGUGUCCUGGAAGGGUUGUGGGAGAGGUGGCGGAGGGAGAAAUCGAAGGUAUGGAUUUGAGGGAGAUUUAUAGGGCAGUGAGAAACUAGAGGAUUAGAUGAGGUGAGGGUUGAAUGGGAAGACUGAGAUAAGACGAGGGUUGAUGGCACGAAUGAUUAUUCGAUUGUAGGAUUGCAACAAAGAUGAAUAAGGGAUAACGGCCAUUGAUGUCGGAUCAACUCGGCAGCCUUUGACAUAGAUGAGAGAAGAUGAUACCCAAGUACUUGCGCACAUUCCUACAAAUGACCAGAUGGUUUUACA